AUGCGGUAUUACGAACAGCGUUACCCGGAGGUGGACGAGCUCGUCAUGGUCCAAGUACGACAGAUAGCGGAGAUGGGGGCCUAUGUCAAGCUUUUGGAGUACGACAAUAUCGAGGGAAUGAUCCUCCUGUCUGAGCUCUCCCGUCGUCGUAUACGCUCUAUACAAAAACUCAUCCGUGUCGGACGUAACGAAGUUGUCGUCGUCCUCCGUGUGGACAAGGAAAAAGGCUAUAUCGAUCUCUCAAAACGUCGCGUCUCCCCGGAAGACAUCACCAAAUGCGAAGAACGCUACAUGAAAUCUAAAACGGUAGCAUCCAUCCUCCGCCAUGUCGCCACCAAACUCCCCGAGGAGGAGAGGUUGGAGAAGUUGUACGAGCAGAUUGCGUGGCCUUUGAACAAGAAGUAUGCGCAUCCGUAUGAUGCGUUCAAGGUUGCUCUUACCGAAGCCGACACCGUCUUCUCCAACCUACCUGCUCCGCUCCCACCCGCAACCUACCAACUCCUCACACAGACCAUCGCCCGUCGUCUGACCCCUCAGCCUAUCAAACUCCGAGCUGACAUCGAGCUCACAUGCUACACGCCCGCCGGGAUCGACGCGAUCAAGAAGGCAUUGAGGGAGGGAGAGAGGAGCUCGACGGAGCAGGUGCCGAUCAAGGCGAAGCUCGUUGCACCACCGCUAUAUGUGUUGAGUACGAACGCGACUGAUAAGUUUGGCGCCGUGGAGAGGCUCGAACGCGCGAUCGAGUCUAUCCAAGCUACAAUCGAAGAUCAGGGCGGGUCGCUUGUCAUCAAGAUGAGGCCAAAGGCCGUCUCGGACACGGAAGAACAAGACCUCGCACAGCUCAUGGCCAAGGCCAGCGCCGAGAACGCGGAGGUGUCGGGAGACGAGGACGAUGAGGAGGCAGUUUAA